GUGAACCCGGAAGUGAACGAGUCGACCCACACAGCAGAGGCUGUUUCCGCGGAGACCGAUCUGAGGGAGUAAACAUGAACAGAGGCGAGCUGAGAGGCAUCGUGUCGGAGCGGCUGGGCGCGGUGACCGGGGCGGUGCUGGCCGCGGUGGAUCGGGCCGUGGCCGGAUACGAGCGGGAGGCGUCGGGCUUCCGGCGGGAGAUCGACCGGCAGCAGAGGCAGCUGGAGCUGCUGCAGCUGGAGCUGCUGCAGCCGCAGGUCCGGCUGCGCAGAGCAGCCAACGAGCCGAUCCCAGAUCUGCAGAGCCAGGAGGAGGAAGGCGGUGAGGAAGAGGAGCAGCAGCCCAGCGGUGACAGUCGACAUGAUGAAGGGGCGGAGCCAACGACGACCUUCAGGCCAAACCAAGAAGACCUGAAGGACAGGCAUCAUGGGAAACCACCAAGGAAGCGACUCAACUUGUCUAAACUCUACGAUCUGAGAGAGACGAUCGCGGAGCUGCUGCAGCGGGCGACCAGAGACGUGCUGGCGGCGGUGGAGUGGACCGGAACCGGGAGCGAGGAGGCGGCGGCGCCGGGCGUCAGGCGGGAGAACCGCGGCCAGCAGCCAGACGCGGCGACACAGGAAGUGGAGGUCGUCGUGGAGGAAGAGGAGCAGCAGCUCACAGGUCGGACUCACCGGGAGACUGGUUCCCACAGAACCAGAACCUCCAGCCAAUCAGACGAACUGCUGGGUUCAGGCGCUGGCGGAGUGGAGCGUCUGCCGCUGAGCGAUGAAGACGGUGCUGGUGAUGAAGAGCCAGUAGACGCCUCCAGGCUGAAGCAAGAAGACGUGACGGACCCGGACUACGAGAUCCCAUCAAGGUCGGCUCAGGUCAGAGGUCAUCCUGGAGGCCGGCGGCCUGGCAGACCUCGGCUCAGCAGACCAGCUGACCAUCUGACGCUCCGGGUCCGGAUCCUGGAGGAUUCCCGGACCAGAGUCCUGUCCAAGGCUGUGUUUCAGCGCAGCGCGGUUCUGGACCUGCAGUGCCCCCGCGGGCUGUCGGAGCCGGGCUUCCUGGACCUGCUGCGCUCACGCUGCCCCCUGCUGGCGGGAGGGCGGCCCUUCGACGUCUUCAUCGCCGCCAAGAACCGGCGGCUGCAGCCGCUGGCGGCGCAGAGCCUGACGCCGGAGCAGAUCUGCUGCGGCCACCGCUCAGGCGGGAACCCGACGCUCUACAUCCGGCUGAAGGAAAGCGAGGAGCCAUGUUCAGCCGCGGCGAUGAAGACGGAUCAAAUCGACCUUCAUUCCCGCCAUGUGGACAGCAGCGAGGAAGCCGACCCAGGCCUUGAUGCUGCAGAUGACACCUGGAGCCCUGACCCCAAACCGCUGACCGCCAAGAGGUCGAGGAAACGGAAGGAGAAAAGGGCGCCGCAGCUGACCUUGGAGACCAAGAGGUCCUGUAAGGUGUGUGGCGCCUGGUACCGGCAGCUGGGCAGUUUGAUCAGCCACGUCUGGAACCACGCAGGCGACCCGCAGGGCGUCUGCGGCGCCUGCGGAGAGAAGUUUGAGUCUCCAGACCAGCUGAAGGAGCAUCUACGAAACCACCAGCAGGUCCACAGCUGCCAGCACUGCGGGAAGACGUUCGUCUCGGUCCAGAGCCUGAACCUCCACGAGGCCAAGCACACCGGAGAGAGUCGCUUCAAAUGCGGCGUCUGCAGCAAAACCUUCACCAACACGGCCUCCCUGAACUACCACCAGUGGCUGCAUGUGGAGGACAAGCCUCACAAGUGUGACGUCUGCCUCAAGACCUUCGGCUUGGAGUCGCACCUCCUGUCCCACAAAAAGCUGCACACGUCAAGGAGAAGCACGUCUGCGACGUCUGCAACAGGUCGUUCCGCCUUCGCCGCGCCAUGACCCAGCACCGCCUGACCCACUCCGACGACAAGCAGUACGCCUGCGACG